AUGAUUCUCACUUACCUCCUCGGCCUCCUCUUCCUUGGCCGCAGCCCCUGCGCUCAUGAACCUCCACAAGCCGCAUUGGACGCGCAAACCGUCUUGAAAGCAAAUCAGCUCAAGAACGAUAAAUCAUAUACUGUGCCCUACCAACCGCAACGGCCACCCACCACCUCCCGCAAUGCACCCGAUCAUGCUGUUGAAAAUGACUCGACGCUUUUCUCUAAUUACUCUGCCCUUGUCGAGGGCUUACAUGUCAUGCAGGCCCACUUCUUCGAGAUUAAAGUAGGAACAUGGCCGAACGCAAUUGACUGGACCGCAGAGAUGAUGGCCACCCACAUAUCCGCCACCUUAGCUACCAUAUCCGAGUCCAGUCCAGCCUCAGAUUCAGCGCCUGGUACCACGGAGGCAGGAGAUGUAGAAAAUGAUAUCAAUCGGUAUUUCACUCAAUUGGCAUCUUUCUAUUUUGGCGAGAAUGACUUCAGCUUGAGGACACAAGCUUAUGAUGACAUGCUCUGGGUGGUCCUUGACUGGCUGGAAGCCAUAAAGUUCAUUGACUUGCACUCGGACCUACACCACGAGCAAGCCUCAGUAAAGAACAAGAAUGAAAAUAUUUCGCAAUGGUAUGCCCGCCAAUUCAUCCCCCAAUUCGCUCAUCGCGCCCGCCUCUUCUACGACAUCGCAUCUCGAGGCUGGGACACAAACCUGUGUGGUGGUGGGAUGGUCUGGAACCCACGACUCACUCCAUACAAGAACGCGAUUACGAAUGAACUUUACAUCACCGCGAGUAUCAGCAUGUAUCUCCACUUCCCCGGCGACUCAAAUCACUCCCCAUUUGUGGUCGAUGCGUACGAACCCCAGAUGCUACCAGCCGCGAAGGCACAUGAUAAAAAAUACCUCCACAACGCUGUCCAAGGCUACAAGUGGCUCAAAGAGAGCGGGAUGCGCAAUGAACAAGGCCUUUACGUCGACGGCUUCCAUAUUGAUGGAUGGAGGGGUGGCAGGAGUCCGAGCAACGGCAGCGGGGAGUGUGAUAUGAGAAAUGAAAUGGUCUAUACGUACAAUCAAGGUGUCUUGCUCUCAGGAUUACGCUAUCUUUGGGAAGCGACGGGUGAGCUUGAAUAUCUAGAAGAUGCGCAUGAGUUGGCGCGCGACGUCAUGAUUGCCACGGGGUGGAGUGGAAGGGAUCUACCAGGCAAAUGGCGCUGGGCAGGGCUGGGCAGAAACGGCGUUAUGGAAGACGCUUGCGAUUGGAGCGGCGGCUGCAGUCAGAAUGGGCAGACAUUCAAGGGCAUUUUCUUCCACCAUUUCAAUAUCUUUUGCGCAGCGCUACCUGUAAUCCCUGACGAUAGUGACAGACCGUGGCUACGACGUGGAGAGAUUCAUACAUCGCAUCAAGAGCUCUGCGAAGGGUAUGGCGAAUGGGUGGUGAGAAAUGCGGAAGCUGCGAUGGCAACCAAAGAUGAAAAUGGAGAAUUUGGGCAAUGGUGGGGGAGGCAGGCUAGCACUGAGGCCGAUGGCAAUCCCGAAGAUGACCCCAACAAUAGGCUUGAGCAGCCAGCGAUCAAUGGGACAGACCUCAUGAAUAAUGGUAUUCCAAUAGGAGAGCUUUGGCGACUCCCUGAAGAGGACCCUGCAGCGUCGAAUCCUUUGGUCAGAGGAAACACGUGGCGGGGCAUGCAACAGUCUCUCUACAUAAGAUCUGAAAAGCCUCAUAGCCAUUGGGAUCUUAAUGAUCGUGGACGAGGCAGAACGCGGUGGACUUGGAGUGGUGCGAGCGGCAUGGAAUUUAUUGGCGAGCAAGUCGACACGAUAACCAUAAUCUACGAAAUAUGA